AUGAAGAUCAUGAGCAGGGCUGACUUGGGCCUCCCUGUCUGCCAAGACCACGAAGCAGAACACAAAAAGCAGGAGGACUGCCGCCUCACAGCAAAGCAGGUGCCGGGCGCCGACCAAAAACGACCAGAAGUGGAAGAACACGACCAUCUCGCCACCGACACGCUCCACCUGAGAAAGCAGCGCAUCCUUGGAUCUCUUGAGCUGCUACUCGCCCACAUCGAUGAUGAGGCCGAGCUGCGCCUGGUGGAGCGCAAGACACAAAAGUUUGUGGCUUCCCUUCGUGCGGCGCUACUCGCUGGGUCCGACCCACUCCAGUGCCAACACCAAGACAGGGUCCCUUCAGUGCUUGAAAAGAGCGGGUCGCGCUCGACGUCGGCGCCCUCGUCGCCG